UACCCUCCCAGCAAUCAGCUGGCUUUUUUUUGGCUUGUGUGUGUCAUCAGAGAAUUUAUUUAGGCGUUUUUCUUUUUUCUGUCGGAAAAGAAGUAGGAAAUAUUUCUUAAGAAUGUUUCGAUCCUCUUCAGAGUUUGACAAGCAGCUAGAGAAAGCUACUAGUCAUUUGCUGCUUGAACCAGAUUGGCAGUCAAUCAUACAGAUUUGUGACAUCAUCUGCCAAGGAGAUUGCCAGCCAAAGUAUGCCAUCACUGCUAUCAAGAAGCGUUUUUACAAUCAAAAUCCUUAUGUUGCACUUUAUGCACUUCAGGUUCUAGAGUCUGUGGUUAAGAACUGUGGAUCACCGAUCCACGAAGAAGUAGCAUCUAAAGCCUUUAUGGAUGAGCUUAGGGAAAUGGUUCACAAGACAACCAAUGAUAAAGUUCGAGCAAAAAUCUUGGAACUUACACAAACAUGGGCUUUCGCUUUCCGAAAUACUCCGAAAUACAGCAUAAUACCGGAUACACUUAACAUUUUGAAAGCAGAAGGCUAUACAUUUCCUGCUCUGCGAGAAAGUGAUGCAAUGUUCGCUGCAGAUCGUGCACCUAACUGGAGUGAUGGAGAUAAUUGCCAUCGUUGCAGGGUUCAGUUCUCUGUUAUUGUUCGCAAGCACCAUUGUCGAGCGUGUGGGCAAGUAUUCUGUGGCAAGUGCACUCCUCGUAGUUGCACACUACCGAAAUUCGGGAUUGAGAAAGAAGUUCGCGUUUGUGAAGAUUGCUUCGAGAAGUACAACUCAGAUGGACGUUCAGGAAGGGACGAGUCGGAUUCAUCGAUCAGCAAACCGGCUGAAUUAAAAGCAGAGAAAAGUCGCAAAGAAGAAGAACUGAAAUUGCAGGAAGAAGAAGAGCUGCAACUAGCUCUGGCUUUAUCUCAAUCCGAAAUUGAACAUAAGAAGCAAACUAGUAAGACGCAUACACAGCGAACCUAUUCAUCCCCAGUAAAGGAAAGCCAACCUUCAAAAGUGACAGCAUCCGAGAUUGAAGAUCCAGAACUAGCUCGCUACUUAAAUCGGUCCUAUUGGGAGCAAAAGCAACAAGAAAAAGACAGCAGAGAAAAGGACUCUGAAGUGUCGAUCUAUCCUAGCGCACCCGUCACAGCAGCUGGACCCAUGUCACCCACCAACAACGGGAUGAAAACUGUUGAGAGAUACCAAAAUGGCGAGUCAGAUGAAGUCGACGAAUUUUGUGCAACUCUUAAUAGCCAGCUGGAUAUCUUCGUUAACCGGAUGAAAUCCAACUCUAGCCGUGGCAGAAGUAUUGCAAACGAUUCUUCCGUGCAAACUCUCUUCCUCAACAUAACAACUAUGCAUACUCGACUGAUGCAGUACAUUCAACAACAAGAAAGCGCUCGAGUGUACUAUGAAGGGUUGCAAGAUAAACUAACCCAGGCUAGAGAUGCUCGAGCUGCACUGGAUGCGUUGCGCGAAGAACAUAGUGAACGGAUUCGUCGCGAGGCUGAGGAAGCCGAACGCCAACGUCAGAUUCAAAUGGCCCAGAAACUGGAGAUAAUGCGUAAAAAGAAGCAGGAGUACUUGCAGUAUCAACGCCAGUUGGCCAUGCAGCGGAUGCAAGACGAGGAAAGAGAGAUGCAAAUGCGAAUGGAGCAACAGAAACAAAUGUAUCAAUUGCGUGGUCAAAUGCCGAUGCCAGGAAUGGCAGCAAUGCCACCCGGUCAAAUGCCGCCGGGCAUGCCUGGCUAUCCUCCGCAGCAACAACAUCAACACGGUCCAUACAUGGGCCCUCCUCAACACCCGGGUUAUCCUCCUGAAAUGUAUCAUCCGAUGCCAGGACAAUACCCCGGGGUCCAUCCUGCUGCACCAACACCUAGUGCGCAUCAACCUGCUCCAAUGCCUGCUGGUCUUCCUCCAAUGGCUGGGCCGAAUUAUGGACCUCAUCCAGGAUACCAACCUUAUCCUCAACAACAGCAGAUGCAGCCACAACAACAACAACCGCAUCCCGGUAUGCACCAGUACGCGCCGCAUCAUCAGCAACAGCAACCGGCUUCAGCUCCAGCUGGACCAGGUCAGUAUGCCCCACCUCCUCAGAUGAUGAUGAUGGCACAACCUCCGCCACAGAUGCAACAGCACCAUCAGCAACAGCAACAACAACAGCAACCUCAAUUACAGCAGCAGCAACAACCCGGUAUCCCACAGCCGGCAGUCGCCGAAUUAAUUUCUUUCGACUAACGUCGAUUAGGUAUUGAUAAUAAUGAGCAUUCCGAUUGCAUCAAUGUCAUUAUGAAAUAAUUCAUCUCUUUCAACCAGCCGGCAAGAUUUCUUUCGCGUUAAAAAAAGGUUUUCAGUUACGUUUACCCCUCUGGUCGAUGACGACAUCGAGUUGUUUAAACAUCUAUUUAGGUUUUUCAAUACAUACAAUUAGUCUGGCGAA